GACAUUCCUUCUUGUCGGGGGUGGAUACGCGCGCACGAUCAUACCUAAAUUGUGAUUUUUACCUUCAUCGAUAGAGCAAUAAAAUUUUUUAUUUAGUUUUUCCAAUUUUCAUUGGUAAACCAAACCCAUCAAUAUUGAGAAAUAGAUCCAGCCCGAAGAAUUUCGAGGAAUUUCCACAAAAAAGACAAGAUUAUCUGCCUGGCCAAGUCAUUGGGACUUAUUUUUUAUUGCCAAAAAGUCUUACUAAUACGUGAGCAAAUAUCGAUGAGAGACAAAAGCGCGAUAAGAAGCAAUAUUAUAUCAAUUGAAGAUUAAGUAAAGUGAGAAAGCGUGUCAGUAUCUUUAAAUACCACUCCAGUAAUCCAAAGACAAUCAGUAACACCGCGACUUUGAGAUCGGGAGCAACACUCUGAACUGAAAAAGAAAUUCAACCCCUUCCACAAUAUUUUGCAGUAUAUAGCUUUGAGCGAUGUCGCCAAGAGUGGCAAUUUUUUUGGCACUCAUUGCUCUUGCCACAGCAACAACACCCCACGGUGAACGUAAUCCACCCGAGGAGGAUUUCUCCCCUAAGCAAGGUGGAGCAGAGUAUCGUUUGCCCACAAAUGUUCUCCCAGAUUCCUACGUAGUCACCAUCACGCCCUACCUCUAUGCCGAAGGUGGCAAUAGUGAGUGGACUUUUGAUGGAAAUGUGAGGAUCAAUCUGCGCGCAAUCACAGAUGGUGUUACACAAAUUGUCCUCCAUGCAACAAGCUUGGAAAUCGAUAACACCCGAUCAACACUUAGACUUGGUGGUGGAACACAGAAUUUUCUCUCUGGCACACCAACGUAUAACAAUCAAACGGCUAAAUUGACUUUUACCACAGCACCAGCCCUCACAAGAGAUGCCAUCUACACCCUUGAUCUCUACUACAAAGGACAAAUUCACAAUGACAUGAGAGGAUUGUACAGGAGUACAUAUCAGGAGGGACAAACCACAAAGCGCCUAGCUUCAACGCAAUUCCAAACUACCUUCGCUCGUCGCUUUAUGCCAUGCUUCGAUGAGCCGAGCUUCAAGGCGGUCGUUACAAUGCAAGUCUAUCGGCCAACUAACAUGAGAGCUUGGUCAAAUAUGGGAAUUAGCACGUCAAAUCAGUUGGGCGAUAGAACCCUAGAUGUCUUCCAUCCUACACCGAAAGUAUCUACAUACCUCCUGGCUCUGAUUAUUUCUGAAUUCACAUCUCGUUCCACUCCAGCAGGAGAUCCAAAACCCCACAGCAUUAUUGCUCGUCCGGAAAUGUACGAUCUCUCGGUUUAUGCCUUUGAUGUUGGUAGACAAAUUCUAGAUCGUCUAGGUGAAGCUCUAGCAUACCCAUACUACGAAUUCAUGCCAAAGAUGGAUCAGGCUGCAAUUCCAGACUUUUCCGCUGGAGCAAUGGAAAAUCUCGGCUUACUCACAUACCGUGAAACCAAUCUUCUGUACAGCCCAAUAAAAACUCUCACAAUGACAAAGCAGAGGAUUGCUGCUGUGAUUGCUCACGAACAGGCUCAUAUGUGGUUUGGGGAUCUCGUAACGUGCGACUGGUGGAGCUACACGUGGCUCAAUGAAGGUUUUGCCAGGUACUACCAAUACCACGGGACAGCUCUUGUGGAGACAGAUCUUGCUCUUGGUCAUCAAUUUGUCGUUGAGCAACUUCAGGGUGUCUUCCAAAUGGACUCCUCCAAUAGUACUCACCCAAUGACUGAUCCCAGUGUCAACAGCCCAUCAGAAGUAUCUGGGAUUUUUGAUAAUAUCUCAUACAACAAAGGGGCCACCUUUAUUCGGAUGAUUGAUUACCAUUUGGGUGGUGAUAGACUCAGCAAUGCCCUUAGAAGUUAUCUACGGGAUAGAGAAUUCAGUACAGCCGUACCCAAUGACCUACUUCGUGCCCUACAAACUCAACAACAGCCUCAGCAUGAAAUUGAUCUUGUCUUCAAUUCAUGGACUACACAACCGGGGUAUCCAGUUGUCAAUGUAAAUAUCAAUUCAGCAAGGAGUCAAGCCACACUCACACAAAAGAGAUUCCGCAGCUACUCCAGCGAGACAUCUGACACUGAACGUUGGUCCAUUCCAAUUACAUUUGCAAGCAAAACUCAAUAUAGUUUGACUGAUACAACAACCAGGCACGUUAUGAAUACGCAGGAGCUCAAUGUUACUCUCACACCUGCUCCCAAUGCAUGGGUAAUCUUCAAUGUACAGCAAGUUGGCUACUAUCGUGUGAACUACGACACAGACUCGUGGAAUAUUAUCAUUUCUGCCCUCAAGGAAACCGCCCACGAUGGCAUUCACAUCCUAAAUCGUGCUCAAAUUGUCGAUGAUCUCAUGAAUUUGGCAAGAGCUGGCUACGUCCCGUACGGUACAACAUUCCAGAUGCUUGAGUACCUCAAGAGUGAACGGAACUACAUUCCCUGGCUGUCGGCAUUCAAUGGACUCAAUCAUUUCCGUAGACGCAUUCAGGAUGGCAAUAAGGAACUCUUUGGGAAGUACAUUAGGGGACUCCUCGAUGGUGUCUACACCCACUUGGGCUUCGCACCUAAAACCUCGGAGCCCACCAUUGAUAUCUACAAUCGUGCAAAUGUAAUUUCAUGGGCAUGUAAAUACGGUCAUGAAGAUUGCUUAACAAAUGCCAAAGAUCAAUUUGCAAAGUUGCGCAAUGAUCCCACAAACUACAUCAUCCCUGUGGAUAUUCGGCCAACAGUUUACUGCGAAGGACUCCGAGAGGGUGGUCAGGAUGCCUUCAAUUUCCUCUGGCAGCGCUAUCUGAGCGAAAAUGUUGCAACCGAGCAAAUAAUCAUCCUCAAUUCACUCGGAUGCACAAAUACUGAUGCAACAAUUAAUGCUCUCAUUGACAACAUUCUCAGUUCAGCUGUUAGGGAUCAAGACAAAUCAAGUGCCUUCUCCAAUACCUAUGCCCACAAUGAGGAGAAUAUUCGACGUGUAUGGAAUUACAUUACCAACAAUCAUGCUAAGAUGCAAACUGCUCUUGGAUCCUACGGUAGUGUUGCAUCCUACAUGUCUGGAGUUAUUAAUCGCUUCCGUACCAAUGAAGAAUUGGAACUUGUUAAGACAUUCAUCAACACUCACGGGAACACUUUCGGUGAUGCUAGAGAGUCUCUGAAUCGCGCUGUAGCUAAUCUAGAGUUUGAUCUCUACUGGGACUCCAAGUACAUGGAUCACGUUAUCAAAGGAAUCGGAGGGGCUGGUAUUCGAACCAUUAGUGCCUUCCUUAUCCUCUUCACCGUGCUCAUUACCUCGUUCUUCCGUUGAAAAGAAAAAUAUUUUUGUAGAAUGAAUAUUUUGUAAAAAUUUUAUAUAAAUGAAAAAUAAAGUCCGGCUAGUUUUUUUUUGAAAAUUAAA